UAUCUACGUUCCUUCAAAUUCUUUCUCUUAAAGAAAAAGAAAGAGAAAAACAAUCUAAUAUAAGAUGUAUCAAUGUAAAAGAGGAAAACAAACAUUAAUAAUUAUUAAUUUGACAAAAUAUUGAUUUAUUAUAUUUAUAUUUUGUUAAUCUGCAAUUAUGAUAUAUCGAAGGUUAUGUCUCGUUCGGCACCGGCUUUAGAAAGGUUAUGUACGGCAGUGACAUAACGCGGGACGAGCGAUGAACAAGCUGCUGUCUGCACCGAUCAGGGAGGUUAGUCGGAGGAUUUACGAUGACGCGGUGCGACCGUCCGACAUCUGCGAGGCUUGCGUCAAGUUAACCACACUCGUCAAACCUCUAAACGCUUACAUCACCGUUACGAGCGAUGUCGCGUGCAAGCAGGCGAGCGAUGCCGAUGCGAGGCGACAACGGAAUUCGUUGCUGGGACAGCUCGACGGCAUCCCUGUCGCCGUCAAGGACAAUUAUUGCGUCAAGGACAAACCUACGACCUGUGCGUCACGGAUGUUGGCCAAUUUCUUCCCCGGUUACGAUGCCACGGUCUACGAGAGGCUCAGGAAGCAGGGAGUCGUCUUGAUCGGCAAGACUAACCUCGACGAGUUUGCCAUGGGUUCUGGCACCGUGGAUUCCUUUUAUGGUCCAACCAAGAAUUUAUGGGGCUCGGAAGUACAGUCGCAAUUUUAUUCGUACGAGUCGGACGAUUCAUCGAUUAAGGAAUGGAAGCUACGUGAGAAGGAUGCAUGGUACAUAGCAGGUGGCAGCAGCGGAGGUUCUGCAAUUGCCGUAGCUACAGGUACUUGUUACGCAGCUUUGGGCUCUGACACUGGUGGUUCUACUCGCAAUCCCGCGUCUUAUUGCGGCCUAAUCGGCUUAAAACCAACCUAUGGUUUAGUGUCACGUUAUGGUCUUAUCCCAUUGUUGAAUUCGAUGGAUGCGCCUGGCAUUCUCACAAGAGUAGUAGAUGACACGGUAUUAAUUCUAAACGCUAUAGCUGGGCCUGAUCCAGCAGAUCCUACCACUGUACAAAAGGAAUAUGUGCCGAUUAAUUUAUCCAAAACGAUAGAUAUUAGUAAUCUCAGGAUUGGAAUACCAAAGGAAUACAGAGUGCAAGGCAUAAGCGAAGAGAUCCAGGCUUGUUGGGACGAGGUUUCUCAUCAUCUAGAAGAAGCAGGAGCCAAUAUCGUCCCAGUAUCAUUACCUCAUACCGACUAUUCCAUAGCAUGUUACUCUGUUUUAAAUCGAUGCGAUGUAGCUAGCAACUUGGCCUGUUACGACGGCAUAGAAUAUGGUCAUAGAGCCGACGAAUGGAGCUCGGCUCAUGAAUUGUACAAGAAGAGCAGAUCGGAAGGCUUCAACGACGUGGCUAAAGGUCGUAUACUGGUUGGAAAUUAUUUUCUAUUGGCGGAGAAUUCCGAGGAAUAUUAUGUCAAAGCAAUGAAGAUACGUAGAUUAAUCACGCAAGAUUUUGACGCUUUGUGGAACGGUAAUAUAGAUCUUGUGCUAACUCCGACUACGUUAACCGAGGCUCCAUGUUACCACGAAUUCACGCAGCUGGACAAUCAGACGCAGUGCUUGAUCCAGGAUUACUGUACGCAACCUGCGAACAUGGCCGGUUUGCCCGCGGUCAACGUGCCGAUCAAGCUCUCUCGUAGAGGGCUACCUUUAUCGUUGCAAUUAAUGGCACCGCUUUUUCACGAACAAAGACUACUCACCGUGGCAAAGUGGAUCGAGCAGACAGUGCAAUUUCCGAGACUCCAAUUGAAGGAUUCAUGCUUGCUUAAAUAAAGUACCGAGGACCUUAUGAAUUAGUUACUCGCCGCAUUAUAGGGAAGAGAGACGAGGAGCUAGGUCGGCGUGCGACUUACUCGUGAAUCAUCGUUCGUCAUUAUGCAGCAGUGAACUUACCCGCUUUCGUCGGCGCUUACGUGCCAGGUGCAGCCGGAAUUUCCUGAGAUCGCACCGGGAGAGUUUGCGGCCGAUUCAUGGAAUCGU